CUGGCGGUAAAAUUCAAAUAUCAAAACAUUAAAAAUCUUUGGUGCCAGAUUCAUGAAUCAGGAUGUUUUUAUCUGUUCAAUCGCUCGAAAACAAGCAAGUUCGUGCAAUAAAGCACAAAGGUGAUCAGUCAGCUGAUGAAAAAGGAACUGGGGCAUCACAGAAGAAAUUCACUGGGAAUGAUGCCAAUAACAGUGUCAGUAACACAUACACAAGUCUACACAAGAGAAAGUCCCCAUUCGCCAAUAAAAAUAGCACAGAAAACAAGCGUGAUGGCACACGUGCUUGCAAACUGGUAAAGCGAAGUGAAAGCUGCAGACCGUUUACGAGCAGUGGACAGCAGCCUCUCAGCACUAAACAUGCCGCUGCCAGACCCCACGAAGACGGGGGCAUAACGAUGAGAGAGAGACUAGAGACGUGGAGAAAGAUGAAGGAGAACCGUGCCACAGAACCAAAACCACAACAGAAACCAAAGGUGUGGAACAGUGUGAUGAAUGCAUCUGCUACAGGCCAAGAACAUAGACCACUGACCGCAAAGGUAGGAAAGCCGGUCACAAGACAUCAGUCUGUGUCAAGACCUGUUGGGAAACCUACCCGUAACAUGAUGGCCACUGCUAAGCCAACUAGGGAAGCUCCAAUGGCUGUGAUGUUGACAAAGGGCAGUCCAAGUGUGAAAAACACUAGGAAGAGCUUCAGCUCACACUUUCAUGACAAAGUAAUGAACCCACAACAGGAAGCCAAGAUAUGGAACAGCACAACGAAUUCGGUGUCAGCAUCAGUCGAAGAACCCAAGCCGGUGAAGCCAAUGACCACGAAGAUGGGAAAGCCAGUUGUAAGAAAAUCGUCCAUGACAAAACCGGUGGCGAAACACACUACUAACAUGGCCACUAAGAAGUCAACCAACGUAGCUACAGUGUUGGCAAAACGCAGCCCAAAUCUUAAAAAUAUUAGGAAGAGUAUCAGCUCACAGUUUCGUCGCUCAACAGUGGCACUACCAACUGCUACAACUUCUCGCAAUUCUGCGAUUGCACGGUCGCCAAGGUCUCAGCUCAUCAAGAAGAAGGUACCCGGAUCAGACAAGCCACAAAGAGCAUCAUUAAAUAAUGCAGCAAAUGGCUCAGCCAAUAACAGCACCGUCUCUCGGGUCACACCAAGUAGGCAGCAUAUCCUUACAACCCCAAAAGCGCCCUCUAGUGGAACAGAGAUGACCUCGCAGAAGCGGCGGCGUCGAACCAAUUCCUUCACACUGGAACUUGACGAGAGCAACAGCCGGGACCUGCCCGUGGCAACCCCGCCGAUAAAGCAGAAACGCCGCACGGUCCACUUCUCCAGCAAGCUGUCAGGCAGCGCUGAGGGCCACUUCAAACCAGUGAAGACACCCGGCAGGUCGUCCAUCCCACUACCUUCUCCUGCACCGAAGGAAUGUAGGAGAAGGCCCAGUUUGCUUACUCCUACAAAGGUCUCGCCCCGCAGGCGAUCUGUUGCGACUAUGCAGAGACGAUCGCCUCGAAAAUCCAUCUCAACACCGCUGCAGGGCAGGAAGGUAGAAAAGGAAAACAUCAAGCAAAAGCUCAACACAUGGUUGGAAUCGAGAAGCAAGACUCCCACCCGCUAUCGGCACAUGAUGUGUUUUGGCUGCCAUCCCCACAACAAAGCUCUGCCACAGGAGAAACGUAAUUUGAAGUCUCGCGUGAGUAUGCCUACUCUUGCACGUCCAGCAAAGCCGAAACCAGUUGGACAGUUCCUCGAGGAGACUUUAGCGAGCAUGGGUGAUGCUAUCGUGAAAAGACAAGACUUGGUUUUCGAGGAACUAAGUGGACUUCUGCAGGAAUGCAAUCAGCUCGUUGACGAGGGCUGUCCGACGGAGAGCAUCACUGAGUGGCUCGAUGAAAUCGCCGAGCAGAUGCCUCUCGCUAAGCACACGGCGAAGUACUGGGUCGUGCAGAGCCGCCUGGUGGAGCGCACUGGAGACACCGCCGCCGUGCUCGAAGUGUUUAACCGCGCCAUCGCCCGCCAUGCCGCGAAACCGGCUGAGGAGCUUGCGAUGGCCAUGCAGCAGUUCCUGGAGCGACUGCAGAAGAAGUCGCAGCCAGUCGAGACGGCGGCGCCAUCUGGUGGCCACGAAACGAAUCUUUUUACAGAUUCAGGCAAUGAAAUUUACGGAGAUACGCCAAAUGGGUCCGAUGUGUCGCACGGGACUUCUGCAUCCAGCAAGCGCAAGUACCGACGGCGCUGGACAGAGGGCGCUCCUAGUCUGUCCCUUGCAACAAAUGAUGGUAAAGUUGUUGUCUCAUCGGGGAACAGAGGCAGGCAGGCGCUGCAGGAAUGUAACAUGUUUGAGUCAACUGUUGUCAAGUACAGCAUCUCGACGAACACGCCGAUAUUCCGCAAGGUCAAGUCGGCACUUGACCUUGACCUGCCAACACCUUCGGCGAUUGUCACUCCCGUGCGAAGGUCAACGCGGUGGGAGUUGAGUGGCGCCAGCCUUCCCAGCAUGCUUGCUGAUCACGACAAGUGCGUGCGUAACCUGGAGGAACUGACAGAGGAUGACAAGGAGAACUUAGUCUACAAACCAAAUGACGCACUGCAGAUAUCAUAUUGAAGCCGUGCAGACGUUCAUUUAGAUUUUUUUAUUUAGGGUUGUCCAGUGUUCAGUGAUCCAAUGAGUCUAUCUGUGGUCUAUUAUGUGAAAAAGCUCUUAUACUUUUAAUGGGAACAUACAUGAACUGAGGAGAAACUUUGUAAAUGCAAUUGGAACAUGAAAUAUUGCAGCUGGUAGUUGUGUUACUAGUAAUCUGUUAACUGCUAUAAAAACGUUAUGGUCUUAUUCUGGAAAUAGGUCAAGGAAUAUAGACAUAAUGUUCAUUGGACCUGCUCAUUUUUACAACUGCCUUCUGCUAUAAUAAUACCAGGAGUAGAUAAUAGAAGACUCUAUUAUUAUCUAUUAUCUACUAUUAUCUACUAUUAUCUACUAUAUUAUCUACUAUUAUCUACUCCUGAUAAUACAUAGCAAGUGUGAAGUAGGUGCACUACAUUACAUAUACAUGUUGGUUGUGGUGAAGUAUAUUAUCGCAAGCGAAUAUGUUAGUUUUAUUAGUUUCUUAUGCAGCAAUUACCACCUAUUUAUGAAUGGUCAACACUUCAGUAGUUUUUCUUAUUGCAUAUGGUGUAAUAACUAUAAUUGCAGGUUGUCAUGACAUUAUCUGGAGUGAAUGAAAACAAGCAUGAAAUGAGAAACAACAAAACAUGUUCAUUCACUCCUGAUAUUAUCUUGAUAUUAUAGACAAUGAUUUUAUAUAACAAGCAGUUUUAAUGGAAAUGUAUAAUUAUGAAGCUCUUAAUGGCAUGAAAAAAACAUGGUACGUUAAUUAUAGGGAUGAUGCUGAUAGUGAUAUAUGCAGGAGUGAAUACCUAUUUCAUUUAAUUUUAUUCACUUCUGAUAAGAUAUAUGCUAACGAUGCCCAUUUAAAAUACUUAUAUCGGCCAAUUUGCUAAUUCUACUUGAAAAUGCUGGUGAGAUUUACGAGGUUCAUGUACAAUAAAUAUUUUGUAGUCACCGAAAUAAACAGGAAGAUAAAUUUUAA